ACGAAACUUAUUAACAUUUCGCUUCUUUUCGAUAACUGCUCAAUUUUCGUUCGCAAAAAAGAACCUUUCACCUUUCCAUAACCACCAUAACUCAUAUUCCCGGUAUUUACCAUGACGGUCGAAGGACCAGGGAUGGAAGCGUUUCAAAAUGAAAAGAAAACGCUUUAUUCUACCCUGAUUAGCAAUGAAACCGUUGUUGCUUUUCUUGGUACGAAAAAGGUUAUGCUGGAUAUUUUACGACAUGUAAAUCAAAUCAAUGACAUUGAUGAAAAAACUAUUGUUGUUAUUAUAGAUAAUAUUAUGGAAGUUCUGCCAAGAAAUGUUUCUCGUGAAUGUCGCUUAGAAUUGUGUGCUACUCUUGCGCACAUAACGAAAUUGUCUCCUUCCAUCGCUCUCACUGCACUUUUGCACCGUCUUCAGAGCAUAUCGAACCGCUUGGAACGCGUCCCUAGCAGUGCUAUUUCAGUAUCUUUUAAUGCGUUGAGUUGGGUAAACUGUAUCCUUUCAAACCUCCCUUCCAAUGAAAUGAAGUAUUGGAUGUUGGAGUUCCUUCCGCUUCAAAGUCAAUUCUUAAAUGCCGUGAUUCGGGAUGCUAAACCUGCGAUUGUUCGAAGCGCUUUACAAAACACACGUCGCUGUUAUCGAUCCAUAUUUCUAGCUCAGCUCAAUGACUUGUCCUCCUUUAUUCCGUUUCUUUUGAAUGAAACCAAAGCAGCUCUUGUUCCUCCAAAAGCUUUGCCAUUGUAUGGUGUUAUAUUAGGCACCUGCUACUAUUUCCAGCUGUCUUCAACCCCUCGCACUUUGGCUUCAGAGAACAUUGACUUUCUAGUGAAAAUGAUCCCUCAACACGUCCUUACAGCGAAACCUUUAUUGCCUAAACUUUCUGUUGAAGGAUUCUGUUAUAGUGUUGGAUUAUUGCUGUCUCUAGAUAAAUUAUCUAGCAAUUUACUGCCUUCUAUCGAAAAGGCAUUACUACGUUCUCCAGAACUUGUUUUUGCGGGUGUUUUAUCCUCUUUGGUUGUCGGUCUUUCCGAUUCUGGGAAAGACGCCUCGUCUUUACUACUUAGCAGACUUUAUGAUACCUUUGCUUCAAACUUAAAGAGUUCAAAUGCAACUGUUCGACAGAACUGUUUUCAUACAUUUUCGGUCCUCUGUAAGCAUGCCAAGGACUCCAAGGUACUUAUGGAAGUAGCACUGAAACUAACUUCUGCGUUGAAAACAAACAAAGUGACCUCUAAUGAACAUCGCAACCUUUAUAUGGAAUGCCUCUCUCAUCUUUCUGUCAAAGAAAUAGACUCUACAUCUUUGCUUAAGGAAGUCUUGCCUUUGUUCAUGAAGGUUCAAGAAAGCAGUUUCUAUCACUUAGCAGCCGUGAUUAUAAGGAAUAUCAAGUCUAUUCUUCUGUCAAACAGUUCUUUGGAUAAGGGUAUUUACGAUUUCCUUUCAAAGUCCUUAGAUAAGCCAGUUGCAUACGAACGUCAGCAUUGGAUUUUAGCUUUGGCUGAUUUGGUUUGGGAUUCGCAAACGAACGAGUCUUCCCAAUUGGAGCUUAAUAACUUCUACCUAGAACAUUUGAAUAAAUUAAGUCAAGCUACUUUAAACAAUCCUACUACUGCUUUACAAAAUGGAAGUAUUUUGGCGCCCGUCGUUUAUCUAUGUUUAAUGAGCAAGAAAGAAAGUGAUGGCGACAUUAGCAAACUUAAGUUUACUGGUGAUUUACAAACCUUGCUCGAUGGACUUGUCAAUUCCACGGGAGAAAGUAUUCUUUUUUCAAACAAAUAUUCUAACAAAUUAACCACGGACCAAGCGAAGUUAUGGUGGAUCCGUGGUCUGUGUACCUUUGCUAGUGUUUGUGAUAAGGUCUUAACUGAUGAUCUGGCAUCUUCUUGGUUUCAAUCAUUAAUAAAUCUAUUCAACUUUACGGGCAACCAAAACUACAGAAUUGCUUUUGAAGCGUUAAAGAUUGCAGUGAUAAGCAAUCCUAGUUUGCGUAAAACCAUAUGCUCGCAGUUAUGGAAUCUGCAUUAUCAAGCUGAAUCCGCUAAGAAGGAUGGAAAGUUUGAUGAGGAGUAUAAUAAGAAGUUGGUUCAAUUAUUAAAAUCAAUUCUCUUAGCAAUUUCUGCCGAUGUCUCUACUGUAGAUUCGACACGAUUCGUUGAUUACGACUUUUAUUUGAUUGAACUUUUAUUCCUUUCUUUUGCUUAUGUCGAUCAGUUUAAUUGGAUUCAAUUAUGCCAGCUUUCACAUAGGGAUCCUGCCACGCUUGUCACCGAACGAAUCCAUGAAAUUGUGUACUAUAUUGCUACUACAUUAUCUAACAAUGUUAGAUCUGAAAAGGAAAAAGCUAUGAUUUCUUCAAUUUCGAUGAUUCUUUUUGUUGCUCCGGAGGUUGCCACUCCUCUAUUCGUAAACCUUUUCCGUGGACAGCUUGUUAAUCUGAAAUUGACAAAUGUCUCGGAUAUGGAAUAUGAAGUCUGGAAAACGCCCGAUGGAGUUCUUUGGGAUAACGUCCUUGAAAAGAAGUCGAAUAAAAUUGACAAGAAUACAAAGGAUUACGAAACCAAGCUUUGGGAAGCCGAAGUUCGAGCUAAACAGGCUCAGAAGAAGCCUAUGAAGUUGAGUAAAGAUCAACAAGUAUUGGUAGAUUUACAGCUUGCAAAGGAAGCUAAAAUUAGACAGUCCGUUAAUAGUAUGGUUGCAUCUCUUGAACGCGGUCUUGAAAUUAUUCAGAGUAUGGGCAAGGCCGUUCAGUUAUUCCCUGGAUUAUGGAUCGAGGAAGCCAUUGAAGUGUUAAUCUUUGAUAAGGUUUUGCAAUUGAGUACUCCAUUUACUGGAAAUUUGGCUUUAGAGGUCUUUAAGUUAGUUGUUAAUGCCUCUGGUCUUCCAUCUCGUUUAGGAGAGUCUGCAUAUUCAGAUUCACUAGCAAUAACCCUUCUCGAUUCUGUUAGUGGCGCUCAUAGUGUAAACGAAAAUGUUGUUGAUUCUUUCCUUUAUAAGGUACGUUUUGCUACAGAACAAGCAUAUUUCGAGCCUGAAACAUUUUCUUGCAUUUUCCCGUUAAUCAAUAAGAUUUGCUAUGAAAACGCAACUAAGGAUGAUGAAAAAUCGACUGAACGCUUAUUAUUGGCAAUUGAAAUGCUAGGAUUUCAAGCUCCUUAUUCUUCCUCUUUGAGGGGAAUGAGGGCCCUGUUUUUGAAAGUACUUUUACAUUUGCUUGAAACUGUUCCUGCUCAUUACCAGGACGUUAAGAACUCAUUGCUAUCACUUGUGCAAGGUAUUGGUGCAUCUUAUACUGAUAACGAAUUAAAACUCCUUUUGGAACAUACAUGUCACAAUGAAACUUCCGUUAGAUCUGCCGUUUUGCAAUCUCUACAGGUUUUGGACCUAACUCAAUUUAGUUUUAUUAAGGAAAUUUUCUUGGAACUUUACGACGACAACGAAUCUAAUGCUGCAGUUGCUCAUCAAAUUUCGACUCAAAACGGAUUGGAUGCAAAUGAAGACUCUUAUUCCGAACUUUUACCUUUGCUUAAUGUUAAAUCCAAUUACCUUCACACUCUUGUUGGAAAGUCUUUCGUUGACUUGAUUGAUGAGUUUGAGGAUUUUUCAACCAUUCUACCCCAAAAAUUAAUGGAAAUGUAUAACAAAAACGCUUUACCUUCACCUCCUGAAUAUGAUGAGUACGGUAUUAUAAAGAAAGAAACUGUUGGACGGGAUUUAGGAAUUGUUCCCAGAGAGGGUGUCAGUAUAAUUUUCGUGCAUAUUUCGCAGUACUUGUCUUCUAACUUACUUGUACCAUUUUUGGAAUUCUUGUUAUCCUCUGUACAACCAGAUGCAAAGAUCCCUGUUACUGACAGUUCUGUUAUCGUAGCAUCUAACAUGUUGGAAGCUGGUAAACAGUCUAUUGUUGCUUUUGGUUCCUAUCAAGUGGAGGCUUUGAUGGAGUUGUUCGAAGCUAAACUCAACGUCGACACUUUACCAACCGAGGCCAAUGAUAGAUUACGUGAGGCAACUGUAGUCCUCUUUGGAACUGUCGCCCAACAUUUACAGGAAAAUGAUCAACGACUGGUAGUGGUUCUGGAAAAUUUAAUCUCCGCGUUAUCCACUCCUAGCGAAAGUGUACAACUAGCAGUUGCUUCAUGUAUAUCACCGUUGAUCAAAAAGUUACUUCCAAAAUCAAAACAAUAUUAUGAUCAUUUAGUAAGCAGCUUGUUAAAUGCUUCGUCUUUUGCAGAAAGAAAAGGAACAGCUUAUGGUCUAGCUGGUUUGAUUAAGGGUUUGGGUAUUAAAGCGUUUAAGGAUUUCAAUAUUAUGGAUCAGUUACACGAAUCAAUGACAAACAGGCAAAGUUCAUCGAUUCGACAAGGUGCUCUGUUUUGUGUUGAAGCUUUUUCACGUACGUUAGGUAUAUAUUUCGAGCCAUAUCUGCCUGAUUUACUUCCUUUACUACUUUCAUCCUUUGGUGAUAGUGCAAGUGAGGUUAGAGAAGCUACUUUAGAAGCUGUAAAACAUAUUAUGAGUCAAUUAAGUGCUUAUGGGGUUAAGCUUUUGCUUCCUAGCUUGCUAGAUGGCUUGAAUGAUUAUAAUUGGCGCUCUAAGCGUGCUUCUGUUGAGAUUCUUGGUUUGAUGUCCUACAUGGCACCCAAGCAGCUCUCAGUAUCGUUACCUACCAUUGUUCCCAAGCUAACGGAGGUUUUGACUGAUUCACAUUCUCAGGUGCGCAAUACAGCGAAUAAUAGUUUGUUGCGUUUCGGUGAAGUGAUUUCUAAUCCCGAAAUCCAGAACCUCGUACCCGUUCUUCUCAAGGCCUUGAGUGAUUGUACACGUUAUACUGAUGAUGCAUUAUCUGCCAUUCUUAAGACAGCUUUCGUUCAUUAUUUGGAUUCACCUUCAUUGGCCUUAGUCAUACCUAUCAUUCAGUAUGGUAUGAGGGAACGCAAUGCCUCUACUAAGCGUCAAUCUGCUAAGAUUUUUGGCUUAAUGGCAAGCUUGACUGAACCUGAAAACCUUGCAAUUUAUUUGGAUCCUUUAAUGCCCAGGUUACGAGAAGUACUUAUUGACCCUGUUCCUGACACUCGUGCAACUGCAGCUAAGGCUUUGGGAUCAUUGAUGGAGAAAUUAGGUGAAACUAAGUUCCCAACCCUAAUUCCUGAACUAUUUAAUGUUCUUCGAAGUGAAUGUAGUGAAGUGGAUCGACAAGGUGCAGCUCAAGGAUUGUCUGAGGUUCUUUCUGGUUUGGGCUUGACUCGCCUUGAAGAUGUUUUACCCGAAAUCCUACAAAAUACUUCAAGUCCUACUGCCUAUAUCAGAGAAAGCUUUAUUUCUCUACUUAUCUAUUUGCCGGCCACUUUUGGAGCUCGUUUCCAACCAUACCUUGCUCGUGCAAUUCCACCUAUUCUAGCUGGUUUAGCUGAUGAAUCUGAACUUGUUCAGACAGCUUCAUUAAGAGCUGCUAAGAUGAUUGUGAACAACUAUGCCACUAGAGCAGUUGAUUUGCUUCUUCCCGAACUUGAAAAGGGCCUAUUCGACGACAGCUGGCGCAUUAGAUUGUCUUCAGUACAACUUGUUGGUGACCUCAUCUAUAAACUUGCUGGUAUCAACAAAAAGACCUUACAAGAAGAAACUGAUGAAAACGAAGAAGGGGCCCGCACUGAUGUUAACCGUAAAGCCUUGCUGGAGACUAUCGGUUCUGAACGUCAUGACCGUGUAUUGGCCUCGCUAUACAUCCUUCGUCAAGAUAUUGCUGCUGCAGUCAGGACCAAUGCUCAGCAGAUUUGGAAGAAUAUUGUUGUCAAUACUCCCCGAACUGUUAGAGACAUUAUAACUACAUUGACAUCUUUAAUUAUUGGUAAUCUGAACAGCGCUGGAAAUGAUCGACGUGCUAUGUGUGUCAAGAGCUUAGGUGAUUUAUCCAAGAAGGCUGGAUUUGACGUUUUGUCGCAACUUCUUCCUUCAUUGAAGGAUGGCUUAGAGUCUUCUGACAGAGAAAACAGAAUUGGCGUUUGCAUUGCUUUGCAAGAAUUGAUCUCUAGUACCUCUCAGGAUCAACUUGAAAUUUACAGUGACCAAUUCGUUUAUUCUGUACGUGAAGCACUUAUGGAUUCGGACUUGGAAGUAAGAGAAGCUGCUGCUGAAGCAUUUGAUACUCUUCAAACGGUAAUAGGCGAUCGUGCGGUCGAUGAAGUUCUUCCCGAGUUGCUUAAGUUGCUAGAAUCGGAUGAUAAAUCUGAACACGCUUUGUCCGCACUUAAAGAAAUUAUUGCUCGUCGUUCUACUUCAAUUUUCCCAGUCCUUAUCCCCACUCUCAUUAAGCAACCUAUCACUGCGUUCAACGCUCGCGCAUUGGCUUCGCUUGCUCAAGCAGCUGGUUCUACCUUAAACAGAAGAUUGCCAUCUAUUCUUAAUGCUCUUAUGGAAUCCAUACUGGUUGCAAAGGAUGAUGUUUUGCAGAGCUUAGAGGAGUCCGUUGAUACCAUCGUAUUGUCUAUUAAAGACCAAGAAGGACUUGCAGUGCUCAUGGCUCAUCUUUACUCAUUUACUGAAAAUGAAGAUUACAAGAAACGAUUGUUUGCUGCCAAGCACAUGCUUACAUUCUUCCAGAACUCUAAGUUGGACUACUUCCGUUUUGUACCUGAUUGGAUUAGUCACCUUGUUAGAUUGUUUGAAGACAGGAGUAGUGAGGUAAUUGCGGCUGCUGUUGCUGCUCAGAACGCUCUAACAUCUUCAAUGCGUAAAGACAGGAUUGAAUCAGUAAUUAGUGUUACGUACAAGUCCUUACAUGAUGUUGGUAUAAAUGACACCACCCUGCCUGCAUUUGAAAUUCCUCAAGGUAUAAACUCUGUUUUGCCGAUUUUCCUACACGGUAUAAUGCAUGGCACAAAUGAACAGCGUGAACAAUCUGCUUUAGGUGUUGCAGACAUAGUAACACGUGCUGAGGCUGAUAAACUACGUCCUUAUGUCACCCAGAUCACUGGUCCUUUGAUUCGUAUCAUAGGUGAGAGAUUUCCAGUGGAAGUUAAGAGUGCGAUUUUGUAUACUCUUAAUAUUAUACUCUCUAAAAUUCCUACAUUUUUACGUCCCUUUUUGCCUCAAUUGCAGCGUACGUUCGCUAAGAGUUUGGGUGAUCCUUCGAGCGAAGUUAUUCGCAGUAGGGCUGCUACAGCCUUGGGUACUCUUAUCACUCUGCAGACUCGUCUUGCCCCUAUUGUCACGGAAUUAGUAUCAGGUGCUCGUACCCCCGAUGCUGGCGUGCGCAAGGCUAUGCUCAAUGCCUUAUUCGCAGUUGUUUCCAAAUCGGGUCAAAACAUGAAUGAAGCAUCUGCUGAUUCUGUGGAUCAAUUGCUAAAAGAAAUUUCCUCCGAGUCAAAUGAAUAUAUGAUCAUUUGUGCCAAGAUGUACGGUGCUUUAUUCAACCAACUUACGGACACCCGUGCCAGACAACUGCUUGACACUAAUAUUUUCAGUGUUGAAGCAUUGGAUGAGUAUUCAGUUUUGAUAUUGAAUGCGGUUAUUAAGUAUGGUUCAAAGAAGAUUAUUGAUCUGGGCUUGAGCGAAAGUGUAAGUCAAGCCAUAUCGGAUGCAUGCCAGCAAACAGAAACCUAUAUCACGGAAAAUGCCGUUUUGGCUGCUGGUAAAGCCCUUCUUGCUGAUAUUCCUCAAAAUUUCAAUGAGUCUAAGACUUUAUUUGAAGCUUUGAGAGUUAGUAUUGAAGUUAGCCCAUCUGGCUCUCAAGAUGCAAAGCGUCUGUCUUUGGUUAUUAUCCGAAUCUUGUCUAAAGAGAAAUAUGAUAUUGUUAGACCUCAUCUCAAUAUCCUUGCACCUGCCGUCUUCAGUUGUAUUCGUGCUAUCACCAUUCCCAUUAAACUUGCUGCAGAAGCUGCAUUCUUAGCAAUGUUUAAACUUGUUGAUGAUGACUCGGUUAUUAACAAGUAUAUGGAAACUUUGGAGGGACCUCGUGCUAGAAGCUUUGGUGAUUACACUCGUCGUGUUGCAUUUAAAUUGGCAGCUGGUGAGCGCGAUCGUAUUGCCUCCGGAAGUGGUAGAGUUCAGCUGGAAGAGAGAGAAGACUUGGCUGAAAUUACAGCUGUUGGCAGAGAUAACGAGGUCGUCUCCAAUGAAUCAUGGUAAUCUUUACCGUUGGACGAAAAGUUCGGCCUUUCUGGCAAUUGAAAGUUAACUUAUUCAUUUAUUUUUGGUCAUUAACAUUUUGGAUGAGACAAGGUAUAAGCUGUAAUAUCCAAAUGUUGUAAUGUCGUCAAAGAGACGAUUAUUGAUUUAUUUAGAUCUAUGAAAAACUGUAUAAAUGUAUAUAUAGAGUUUGAUGUGGAUUUUAAUUCGUAUGGUUUUGGAUUACCAAAUGUUUCAUUUUUAGUAAGGCAGUAAUAAUAACCAGGAAGGUCAUAU